AUGAGGGACGACUCGCACGACUCGCGAGGCACAGUCAUGUCUAUCCCCUUGACACCCCGUUACGAUGGUUACAACGACUUCGACUCUCGAAUUUCCUACUCUUCAGGCUUUGUUGACCAGAGUAUGGACUAUGAGUACGGCAACUACUACUCUAAUGACUCCCAAGCAUCCGCCGCUUGGUCGCCUUCCUUCAACAACGGCCAGGAGUAUGAGAGCUUGGAGAAGAAGUACAUCUAUCUCGUGCUGGGCUGUCGAGCAAAGCCCUUGAGCUGGUUGGCCGACUUGGACCGGCACUACAAAGGGGGCCAUCUGCCAAUCUCGCAGAAGUAUAAAUACACGUGCGACUACAGGAAGUGCGCAUGCAGCACUCACAGCGGCGGCAACAGCAAGCCUGGCAGCAGCAAGGACAGCAGCGGCAACCUCCUACGAAGAGGGAUACGAAGAGCACGCCUUCUACCGCAAGGACCACUUCUGCGAUCACCUACUAGACUUCCGCAAGAUCCUCUCAAGCGUAGCAGCAGCAAGGGUAGCCACAGCCCAGCCAACUGGCUCAAGGAUCGCUACAUAGAUCUCAAAUGGUGGCGUUGUAGCAAGUGUCUCCAGCGCGUCUAUGUCUCGAGUGACGGCUGGGAGUGUCGCGAUUGCAAGGUCAUGUGCUAG